GCGACUGACACGCAUGUACUGAGCUCGCUAUCCGCUCUUAUCCUCAUGUUUCUCUGUUUAUUCUCUUUUUCUUGACUCUUAAUCUUAUCUGGACACACUCGCUCAAUCAGUCAUACUCUCGUAUCGUCGAUCUUAAUCGACUAGCACCGGUCUCAGGAUGACUUCCGAAGAACCACAUUCAUAUGGGCCUCCCAUUUCCCUGGAAAACACCCUCCAAUCUAUUGAUGCAAUGCCCACGUAUAGCUCCUCUGAACAUGAUUCAAGGACCCCGUCGAGAAAGGAGGAAACUCUCGAAUCCCAUGAAGUCAUCGAGUUACAAACCUUCAUCGAGCGGAAAGCGUGGAUAGAAGAGAAAACUCGCUUCUUAGAGCAAAUGCCUUCAAUUGAAGUCUUCGUUGGGUUAGAUGCCAUCAAGGCAUCCGCAGAAGAGGUGCCCGGGAUCCCCACACCUGCAGAGCUACAGCAUUGGACAGCCGAACACGAUAUAAUAGAGAAGGAGACAGAGAUAUUUGACAAGGGAGAGCUCAAAAAAUUACGAAAUUUUACGAGAGCCGCUACGCAACGGAAUCUGUCUCCAGAAGAUACGGACUUAAUCGAACUUACUCUGACGACAAUUUACGAACUGGACAAAUUACUCCACCUUUUGCGGGAUCGCUCCGAGAAUCUAGAUCUUCUUGGAAUUCGAAUGACAUGGGAAGAGCAUCGUAUUAGCAGCUGGAAAGACCGCAGGAACAUACUAGAAGACCUCAAUGCAUUUUUAGAACUUCGCGCUCGAUUUUCUCCGUCCGCAUAUGACAUCACACCAAAAUAUGAAGCUCCCAGCCAUAUCUUGCGUCGUGGCUCGGUCGCCUCUAUCGCAUCCGUUGCUUCCACAUCUUCCGAGACCUCUCUGAACUCUCCAGCUCUUUCGAGAAGCACACGCUUCAAGCUCGCUGAACUCCUGUCGCGGGAUGGAGCCACGCUCGGUGGACGAGUAAGUUCCUUAAAGCAUGGCAGUGUCACUGCCGCAGGAAAAGCUUUGGAUAAGUUGAUUGACCAAAGUAGAAAACCUGUCCCGGAGGAGUUAUUGGAUGAACAGGAUCGCCUGGAAGAGAAAUGUAUCAACGAGAUGGAAAAUAUAGGCAAGUUCGUCAUGAAUGUUAUCAUGCAAUGGAGAAAGGCGGAUGAAAUUUAUAUCGAAACGUUGAAAGACCUCGGCGCCGCUCAAACACUGUUGGAGGAGAUUGAGGUAGCAAACCUCCAACAUCCCACCAGCCGCUUAUGUUCCAAUUUCACGUCUCGUGCAGACGGCCUUAUCAAACGGCUUCUACUGAGAGGCAAUCCAGCAUUACCCAAUUCUUCUUUUCCGCGACCCGUGCAUCCUCUAUUUCCUUCGCAGCAGCCGUUUAACGAGACACUUUCCCAGUCUCUUUCAAGGGAUAUCCUUUCGGCAAUGGACAUCGCGAAGGAAGCAGAAGCAGCUGCCAAGGAAUACAAGGCCAAAUAUGAAGCCGUCAAACGUGUAGAAACUCUCAGGGAUGAGGCGAUCAACAUAGCGCAGACCUUUACUACUGUCAUCGAUCGUCUUCUGAAUGGGGUGCCCGGAGGGGAAGAAGGGGAUGGUUCGCCGCCGUCCCUAUCAUCAACAGAUUGCUUGGAUCCUACCAAACACUCUGUUUUUCUUGCUUUGCUUCCAUCUAUUGUGGAAGACAUUGACAAGACAGAUAAGUCUGCCGAAGGCUUAUUACGAACACUCCCCGCGGCCAUAGCGAGAAUUGAUUUUCCUGGGGUCGAGUCUGAAUUUCGUGCAAGUGCAUCUACGGAGGCUCGUCGAUUGACUGGUCUAUGUACAGAUGCGAAACGUAUACGUGAUGAAGUCGCUAGUAGGGUGAGUAAGUUACGGGAGGCAAGAAAGAUCUGGUCCGCGAUGGAAGUUGGUCUGAAGGUUCUGGAAACUAUUCGUCGAGAAGUGUUUGAUGUCAUUGAAAGUGUUCGGUGGCGUCAAGAAGUCACCAUUGCGGGCGCGCCCCCUACUCCCGAAAGUCCUCCAUCUCAACCCCUUCCGCUGUCGUUACCAGAGGAGACACAUGGUACCCACUUCAGAACACGGAUGUCAGAACUGGAGUCGCAACUUGUGGAGAGGGUGUAUAAUCCCCUGACUGUUCUCUCGGAAACUUUGGAGAAUCCGCUGAAGGAGUCGCUAUCCCAAAUGGCAGAUGGAUUACGAUCGCACUUUGAUCGCGCACAACAGACGAUAAAUCUAUUGGACUCCAUUUGUAGACAGUCGUAUGUGAUGACUGGGAUACGGGACGAAUCGAACAAGCUCCAGCUCAAGGUCGAGGGUAUGAUCGUCCGCUACGAGAACGCAAUGGUAGAAGUACUGGACAAAGUCACCGAAACCAACUUAACGGAGGAGCUUCGAGCGGAGAGCGACUGCCUGAAGUCCGCCGUUGUUACCUUUAUGGAGGGCUUGGGACAUCGGAUUCCAUUUGUUGCUCCACAUACACAUAAGCGUUCCUUCGUCAAACGCUCCCUCUCUUCUAUUGAUUUAAAGGCCAACCUUUCCCCAGCCGUCCAGCCGAUAGAGCUUCCAUUUGACGUUCAAUCUUUAGAUGCUGCAGUACGGGUCGACUGCAACGCAUAUUCGAUGAGGGUUAACGGUCAGAUUAGGACCCUUGAACAGACUAUGGCCCAUUUUCAAGUUGCCAUGAUAGGACGAGAGGCAGAUAAUGAUCAAUCAUCCGUGCUGGAGGCGAUGGAUCAGGCCGAUAAAGAGUUAUCUUCAUUGAAAGAAAUUUUCUCCACUAUCCCGAGUGAAGCCGACGUACUCCAGGCUUUUCAUGCUCUUCUGAGUACCAUCGAUUCUUCAAUGUCAUCUAAUCAAGCGAAAGUGCAACAACUUUUGACCGCCCAUCGGCAUACUUACAUGCGCAUGGAAGAGGCUUCAAAAACGCACGGGUCAAAUUUUCAGGACUCCUUACUGAGUUUACGGAGGAUGAAUCUUGACGAGGCGGAGAAGGGGUUCACUACGUGGGAUUCAGACAUCAAGUCGUUCCACAAUCUAGUGUCAAAGACGCGGCAGGAGGAAAUCACAAGGCUCGAAGCUGAACGUCUUGCAGAAGAACAACGCCUUCAGUUGGAGCGAGAACACGCUGCCGCCGAAGAAGCAGAAAAGGUUCGACUGGAAAACAUGAGAGAAGAGGAAAAAAGACGGCGACAUGAAGUGGAAGAAAGGGUUCGGGAGCAGCUCCGUCUCGAAAAACAACAGGCCGAUAUUGCCGAGAAGGAGUGCCUUGAACGUGAAGCGGCUGAACAGGCUAGGCUGGAAGAUGAGGAACGUCGAGCAGAAGCCGAGAGGCAAAGCAUAGCUAUGGAACGAGCUGAGAAAGCUAGGCUGCAGCAGGAGCGUCUCGACAUUGAGGCGAGAUUGAAGCUGGCCGAGGGACAGCUGGCUGAGGAACGUCGAGUCCACGCGGAGAGGGAAAAAUCUGCGAGAGAGGAGGAGGAGAAAAGGACAAGACUGGCCCAAGAGGAGGAGCAACGGCGGUCAAGAUCUGGACUUUCUGAAGAUGUAUUUGGACUGCAGACCUUACCCGAUAGACAACCUUUCUUGACGCAAGAGAUGAUGGACUUACUUGCACAAGUGGUACAACUUCGUAAACGCCUUCGGUCGCUCAACAUAAAAGAGGUCGUGCGGCCUUCCACUCGAUCCAGUUCCCUUCCUAACGCGAAUCAGACACGGGAACUUUGGGACCGUUUUCUUAGCGUUGAGACUGACAUAGGACAUCUACCUGAAACAGUGGAGGCCGUUUCCGUGAAUCUCCAAUUGAGGUCCUGCAGGGCUGAGUUAGAGGGGUCGCGGGAAAUGCUAAGUCGACUAGACAUAUUGUCAUCGUUCUCUGACGCCCUAGCUAAAUGUGACGCUGCCUUGAGUGAUUUGCUGGAACACAUUGACAGCUAUCCAUCUUCGCCCCUCUGCCCAUUGUCGUCCUCGUACUCCUGCCCUUCGCACCAAUCCGCUGAAGCUCAGCUUUCUGGGCGACUAAACUAUACGAGGUCUCUUAUUGACAAUCUAUCCGCGUUAUUCGAAGCUAUUUCCGACGACCAUAGAGCUGCUGCAGAGAGAGAUCGAGUUCUCCAAACUUGGAGUGAAUUACAAGAUAUGGGGAACGAUCGCUUGAAUGGACGAAGAUCUCGCUCAAACAGCGUCGCUAGUUCUUCGCAGAACAAUUCAGGACGCAACAGUCGGUCGUCGAUCAACAGUGGUCGAGGUAGCAUUCGAAAGUCCAAUGGCUAUGCAAUAUUGUCUGUUUCGUCAAGUAAGGCUAAUGCACCCAGAGGAAGGUUGAAGCCGCCCACCGUGAGUGCUAGACGAGCAUUCUCGGGUUCUGAUGAACCUGUGGAACGUUCAUUCAGUCGAACGUCCGUGAGGUCUUCUGCGACCCAGCGUUCCACAUCAGGGAGUUCCUUGUAUGGAUCAACGUUUGCCUCCAGACAGCGUACGACCAGUCUCACCCCAAUAGCUGCCACCCCUCCCACACGUGUACAUGCUCGUUCGCAGACAUCGACGUCACAGAAGAACCGCAGUACAUCACCGUCGGUUUCCGAUGCAUCCUCAGUGCCUCAAAGCCAUGUUGGGCGCCUGUCAACGUCGACGUCAAGUUGGUCUCGUGCACCUCGCUUAUCCUUCUCUACCUUACCUCGGUCGACAUCGAAAAAGGCACUGGCUCCUAGGAAAGCUUACGUUGCUAAUCCUAAAAGUAAACUUGACGUUGCCGUCGGACAAGUAGUUAAUAAUCUCCCUGUCGGCAUCAAUAUCGAAGGAGUGGCCGGAAGCUGGAAAGAUCAAAGCGGGAAAUAUUGGAUCGGCGACAAGGAUCCAAAAUUGUGUUUUUGUCGGAUUCUCCGUUCUCAAACGGUGAUGGUCCGUGUAGGAGGAGGUUGGUCUGAACUUUCUAAGUUCAUCAGGGACCAUUUCGCUGACAGCUUCAGACUCCUCAACGAACCAGCCCUUCCUUCUCGUGAGGAGAAAUGGAUAACAUCUGCAACCCUCCUGGAAGCUGUUAAAAAAUUUCCUUCUAGAGCGCCUCGUACUCCAGAGCCUAACGAGUCGCCAACCCUUCUCCCAUCCUUCGCUUUACAAACACCUUCCGGGCAAAGUCCUCGGUCUUUAUUGUCUACGCCAUCAACGAAAGGCUCACCGUUAACGCCGCUGCAGUUCAUGCGUCGUGCUGAGCCUGAUGCCCCGUUUUUCAGACCCGAGACACCCUCGAGGCCACCCUCUGGACGUUGCCGAACCCCUACCAUUCCCUCGACUCCUGGGAGACAGGGUGUGUGGCGACCCUGAUCGAUGAUCCUUACACUCUAUCCUUCUCUAUCUAAUUGCUGUGCUAAUUUAUGAAUUGGACGGACGGUUUUAUACAUUCUAUGUAUUCUCGCAAGGUUAGGUUUGCUCCUUUAUUCAAUCCAUCUGUGUUCGUUCGGAUAGCCGCGCCGCUAACCACGUUCAAACAUCGUAACACAUACAUACAUCGUCAGAACGCCUAGAUCAGAAUAACUGUAUCGAUAUCCAUAUGGCCGUCAACAAUACUAAUCA